GUACGAUACGUGGGUGUGGGUGACGUGUGUUGGAAUGCAUCCAGCUCCAUAAUUGGCGAGGAACAGAAUGGACCUCCAGGAACUCCUGUCCAGAGCUGGAGAUCUCUCUGUGCCCCAGCAGCGCCGGGUGGCAGCUAUCGUUGGGAGUCUCGUUGCUGAUGCCGCUGCCCAGCCCAUCCACUGGGUGUACCAGGGAAUGGAGUCUGUGUUGGAUGGACUGGAGCACCCCGAGUUUCGACCAACAUCAGCCAACCCUUUCUACUGCAUCCCCACUGGCCUCCAGAGCCCCUAUGGUGAUCAACUAAUUACCAUGCUUGAAUCUCUGGUUGCAAACAAAGGUUUCAAUGCCGCUGAUUCAGCAGAGAAAAUGGUGGCUGCAUUUGGUCCGGGGAGCCCGUAUGAUAAUGGCGGCCCGCAAGGCUACUCGAAAGGAAUGAAGGAUAAGUCAAUGUACCCCAUCAAAAGCAAGUGGAGAAACUUUGUCCUCAAUCGAUUCCUAAAAUACUUUGCAACAGGAGAAACAUUGGAGAGUAAUAUCGACGAUGAUGACACGAAUGUCGAUCCUGAUAACAUAGUUCGGCUCAUUGCGCUAGUGGCUCUGUAUGCCGGGACACCACACAUGCUGGAGACUGCAGAGCAUGCAGCUCAGCAGCUACAAGCCAACGACAUGAUCAUCACGAUCAUCCUCGCUGCGUGCCGCAUCGUGGAGAGCUUUAUUCUCCACGGAGAGUUGAGCAUCGAGGACCACCUGAAUUCCGUCAUAGGAGAGCUCAAGUCUUCGUCACGUGUCCACCCACAGCCUCUCGAUCUGGCAGUAGCUGGCCAUCUCCAGGCAGCUCUGGAUGCCAAGAAUUUGGACGUCCAGUCUGCCACUACAAAGUUUGGGAAGGCAUGAGACAUACCAGGCUCUCUCCAGGCUGCCGUGCAUGCUCUGGUGAGGGCCGUGGACUAUGUGUCCACUGUCAGGGAGGUGAUGGUGGCUGGUGGCUGCAACUGCUCCAGGCUGGGUCUAGUAGGAGCUUGCCUGGGCUCUCAUUGUGGUCUGAGCUCCAUCCCCAUUGAGUGGCUGGAGAAAACCCACAGUGCUAAACAUGCACUCGAACUAGCAAUCGAGCUAGCAAAGAACACUUAGAGCCUACUGAUGUAUUAUAGAAUCUUUCUGUGUGAGUGUUUUCUUGAGGUUCACAGCUUAAACAGGUUUUGUGGCUGUGAGCUGAUGUCUGUAAUACUUUCCAGCAAAAGUCU